CCGGAGUCCGGGAGCGGUUCCUGCGCAUGCGCGCUGCGGGCUCCGGGCCUCCCGGCCUAAGGCGGAGGAGCAGGCAAGAUGGCGGCCGUGGUGGAAAAUGUCGUGAAGCUCCUGGGGGAGCAGUACUACAAGGACGCCAUGGAGCAGUGCCACAACUACAACGCCCGCCUCUGUGCCGAGCGCAGCGUGCGCCUGCCCUUCCUGGACUCCCAGACGGGGGUGGCUCAGAGCAACUGUUACAUCUGGAUGGAAAAGCGGCACCGGGGCCCAGGGUUAGCUUCUGGGCAGCUGUACUCCUACCCUGCCCGGCGAUGGCGAAAAAAGCGGCGAGCCCACCCUCCUGAGGACCCCAGGCUUUCCUUCCCAUCUAUUAAACCAGACACGGACCAGACCCUAAAGAAGGAGGGGCUCAUCUCUCAGGAUGGCAGUAGUUUAGAGGCCCUGCUGCGCACUGACCCCCUGGAGAAACGAGGUGCCCCUGACCCCCGAGUUGACGAUGACAGCCUGGGCGAGUUCCCUGUGACCAACAGUCGAGCAAGGAAGCGCAUCCUGGAGCCCGACGACUUCCUCGACGACCUUGAUGAUGAGGACUACGAAGAAGACACUCCUAAGCGCCGGGGCAAAGGGAAGUCCAAGGGUAAAGGUGUGGGCAGUGCCCGCAAGAAGCUGGAUGCUGCCAUCCUGGAGGACCGCGACAAGCCCUAUGCCUGUGACAAUAGUUUCAAACAAAAGCAUACCUCGAAAGCGCCCCAGAGAGUUUGCGGAAAGCGUUACAAGAACCGGCCGGGUCUCAGCUACCACUACGCCCACUCGCACUUGGCCGAGGAGGAGGGCGAGGACAAGGAAGACUCGCAGCCGCCCACCCCUGUCUCCCAGCGCUCUGAAGAGCAGAAAUCUAAGAAGGGCCCUGACGGACUGGCCCUGCCCAACAACUACUGCGACUUCUGCCUGGGGGACUCCAAGAUCAACAAGAAAACCGGGCAGCCCGAGGAGCUGGUGUCCUGCUCCGACUGUGGCCGCUCAGGGCACCCGUCCUGCCUCCAGUUCACCCCGGUGAUGAUGGCAGCAGUGAAGACCUACCGCUGGCAGUGCAUCGAGUGCAAGUGCUGCAACAUCUGCGGCACCUCUGAGAACGACGACCAGCUGCUCUUCUGUGAUGACUGCGACCGCGGCUACCAUAUGUACUGCCUCACUCCGUCCAUGUCGGAGCCCCCUGAAGGAAGCUGGAGCUGCCACUUGUGUCUGGACCUGUUGAAGGAGAAAGCGUCCAUCUACCAGAACCAGCACUCCUGAUGGGUGCCCCGCUCCCCACACCUAGGCUCCCCUCUUCCUCUCUCAUCUUUCAUCCCCACCUUGCCCUUCUUCCUCCUCUUUCAUCAGUCCAGAGAACCUUGGGGUGGUCGUGCCAACCUGCCUUUGGCAGCGGCAAACUGAGGUGGCAGCUGUAAGUGCCCAAGGGGAGAACACACUGGGCACUGCCCCAAGUUAUCUGGGCAUUGCUUCUGGGCUCCCCAGAAGGGCAUUCACUCUGCCUGCCUCAGGCCCGGCCCCCGAGAAAGGGUGGGAGAGCAGCGCACCUCCCUUUCCUCUGCCUCCAUCCCGUCGACCUGGGCUGUCAAUCCAGGCAGGGCAAGCAGGCCCAGGCCGUGCCCGCAGGUGCCCCUCGCCCACUGUGCUGCUUACUCAGCCUCGGCUCUGCCGCCUCCCCAGCUCACUGCAGCCCUGCGGUCUGCUCCCUAGGAUCCUUGGCUGGGCCGGGAUGCUCUGGGUCACCCCUGGCUCUGCACCUCCACCCCCGCAGGGAGCAGUAGCUUCAUCAGACUCCUCCUGCUCACCUGGGUCGCGCUCACAGGCGACCGCAGCAUUUGCCACCUUGGAACUUGCUAUCUUCUGCCCUUCUCCUUAUUCCUUGGGCUUUGUGGGGAUGGGGGAACGUCGGGGCCAGGGCAGCGACUAGGGGGGCCACAGGGAGAUGUUGGAUAAUGUGCCUGUUUUUUAACUCGAUGAAAAAGCCUACCUCCGAAAUCCCCUUUUCGUUCUUCCUGGACCCGGGCGUUCAGCUCCUGCCCGUAACCCAGUGGGAAGUUCCGCUGGCUCCUGGCUCCCAGAAGCGCCUGGACGGCGCCUUCUUCCCUUGCACACUCGAGCAGCUGGUAAGGCCUCGCACCCCGGUUCCAUGUUCCGCCUGGUAACACUGACAAAGUCGUAGGGGUCAGUCCUCCCAGCGCCCCCUGGAGCGGCGUGCCCUCAGCGAUGGCCAGGCCCUCAUUCACUCGUUGCUUUGGAGUUGAAGUGUCUUUUUCUUUCUUUCUUUCUUUCUUUGGUCCCUGUACUCUACAUUAGUACAAAUAAACGUUUUUACACAGA